UCAACACAAGUUUCCUAAACCCAAAGAUAUUAGCAUCAUAUAUGAAAAUAAGAAGAAUGGUUGCGAUUACCGCAGAUCCAACUUUGAGUCCUAAAGUUGCUAAGCACUACUCUCAGCAAACUGAGGGCGUGAAGGAGGAGAUCCGUGGCCUCAUUAGGGUUUAUAAAGACGGGCACGUGGAACGACCACAGAUCGUUCCAUGUGUCACGAGCACUACGUUAGCCCCGGAGCUUGGCAUCACUUCUUAUGACAUAGUUAUUGACAAGUUGACGAGCAUUUGGGCGCGUUUUUAUGUUCUGAAUUGUAGUGGCCAUAAGCUCCCUUUGCUCGUGUACUUCCACGGUGGUGGAUUCUGUGUUGGCUCCGCUGCUUGGAGUUGCUACCAUGAUUUUUUAGCGCGAUUAGCUGCUAAAGCCGGGUGCAUAAUCAUGUCUGUGAAUUACAGAUUAGCCCCGGAGAAUCCUCUUCCUGCAGCGUAUGACGAUGGAAUAAAAGCUCUAAUGUGGGUAAAACAGCAAGCAACAUAUCCAACACGUGAAUCAUGGUCCAGAAAAUGUGACUUCUCCAACAUAUUUCUAGCUGGUGAUAGUGCUGGUGCCAAUAUAGCCUACAACGUGGCGACGCGGUUGAAUUCCAGCGUGGCUCUCCGAGGAAUUAUACUAAUUCAGCCAUUUUUUGGCGGCGAAGCAAGAACUCAUUCGGAGAAAUACAUGGUUCAGCCGCCUCACUCUGCCCUUAGCUUGGAGACUUCUGAUACUUAUUGGCGGUUAUCGUUGCCAUCUGGAUCAAAUCGUGACCACCCGUGGUGCAAUCCAACAGCGAAGAAAUUAGCAGUGCCUGUCAUGGUUUGUGUGUCUGAAUUGGACAUACUGAAAGAUAGGAACUUGGAGUUCUGUAAUGGUCUGGCAAUGUCAGGGAGCAAAGUGGAGUGUUUGAUGUCUAAAGGAGUGGGACAUGCAUUUCAAGUUCUGAGCAACUCUCAGAUUUCACAGACUCGUGCAAAUGAGAUGAUCGCUUAUAUCAAGGCCUUCAUUAACAGAUAGAAGUACAUCGGUUGAUGAGCUUCGAGUAGAAAUAUGACUAGAAAACAACUGUAUCAUGUGCAUCCACUAUAACAGGCCUGCUAAUGUUGUACUAAUAUGGUAACAUGUAUGUAUUAUAUAAUUAUAUUAUAAAAACUUGGUUCUUACUAAA